AUUAAUGACUCGUAAUAACAACUCAAUAACUUUUAUCAGUCAAUAACUAUUAAAUGAAUCCUUGAAGUAAAAACAGUUAGUGUGGCAAUACAAGCUUUGCUAGCCAACAUGAAGACACUUGGAUUUAUUUGGUUGAUCAAUUUUUUACCACUUUCUUCUUCAGAACGCAUUUCUCAGCAAAAGUGUAAGGAGUAUGCAAAAUUAGUGUACGCCGACGAAGACGUUCCAGUUCUUCGGCUUGAUGCUGGAACAAACACUGUUUCCAAGUGUGGGAUCAUUGAGACACCUUUAAUCGUCGGAGGAAUUAAAGCUAAGCCUAUGGAAUUUCCUCACAUGGUAGUUAUUGGAUACGGAAAGGAUGAAAUUGCUUGGCAAUGUGGUGGGACGUUAAUUUCAGAUAAUUUUGUGCUUACUGCGGCUCACUGUAUGGAUUCAAGGGAUAAGGGUCCAGCAACGAAAGUUCAAGUUGGUCUGAUUAAUUUAAAGUCUCCGGGGCCAUUUAUGCAGGAAAGGAAUAUCAAGGAAAGACUAACGCAUCCUGAUUACAAGGUUCCGUUGAGGUACAAUGAUAUUGCGUUGCUAAAAUUAGAGAAAUCUAUAGAGUUGACAGCGGAAGUUAGGCCGGCGUGCUUAGAAGUGGAGGAGAAUCUUUUAGAUAAGAAGUUUAUUGCUAGCGGAUUUGGAAAAACUGCUUAUGAAGCGGAGGCGGGGAGUGAAGAUUUGAUGAAAGUUACGCUAGAUAGGAUUCAAACGGAAGAAUGUAGGGAGAAGUUUAAAGGUGAAGUUGGGAGUAAGGCUAUGCCGGAUGGAUUGAGAGACACGAUGAUUUGUGCUGGAGUUAUGGAAGGAGGAAAGGACACUUGUCAGGGCGAUAGCGGAGGACCAUUACAACGCGUACUACGUGAACCUUACUGCACUUACAGCGUCUUAGGAAUAACAAGCUUCGGAAAAUUCUGCGCAUUUAAAAACUCACCUGCGAUUUACACCAAAGUAUCUUCAUACCUGGACUGGAUAGAAAAAACAGUGUGGCCUUGAUUAUUUAACAAAAAUUUAUUUACAAUUUUACAAUUAAUCGUAACAAGUAUCUAAUUAAAAUUUAAUUAGAAAAACA